AUGGCGCACCUGGACGAGGAGCAGCACUAUGAGAAGCUGGACAUGGACAACGACUUUGAGGGGGGAGAGUUCAUCGGCAGCGAGUUCUUCCACAGGGGCAAGCGCCAGCGCAAGCAGCAGACCGCUGACGACCGCCUGUACGGCAUCUUUGCUGACGACUCGGACGACGAGCACGGGGGGCGGCGUAAGGGCGGCCCCGGAGGUGGCAAACGCGCCGACUACUCCAAACCCGUCAGCUUUGUGGGGGGCGGCGUGGUGCAGCACGGCCCAGAGGAUGCCGACAAGCAGCAGCAGGGCGCGGAGGAGGCGCCGCGGCGGGGCCUGGGCGCCGGGGCAGGCUCGGGCCUGGGCUUUGCCCCAGCCGGCGCAGGGGCUGGAGUGGGGGCAGCCGCCGGGGCUGGCUUUGGCCCCGCACCUGCCCCUAAGGCCGGACACGGCGGCAUUGGCUUUGCGGCUGCCGGCGGCGGUGGCGGGAUAGGCUUCUCGCCCGCCGGAGGCACCGGCGGCAUAGGCGUCUCGCCUGCCGGCGGCGGCGGCGGCGGACUGGGCUCCGCAGGAGGCGGCGGCGGCGGCGGGCCGCCUGGCUUCGCCAAGGGCCAUGCCAGCCUGCACGAGGAGGAGGAGGAGGAGGAGGAGGCGCUGCUUCCCACGGCGUUUGGCCGCCGCAUCCAGGCGGGCGCGGAGCAGCGGCGCAAGCAGAGCGAGGCGGCGGCGCGGGUGGAGCGCAGCAAGGUCAAGGCGGCGGUGGGGCCCAAGGCGGAUGUGGGCAAGUUUGAGGCGCACACCAAGGGCAUCGGCGCCAAGCUGCUGGCCAAGAUGGGCUGGGCGGAGGGCGAGGGGCUCGGACGGGACCGAAGGGGCAUCUCCAAGCCGCUCGAGGCCAAGCUGCGCCCCAAGGGCAUGGGCAUGGGCUUUGGCGAUUACACGGAGCACAAGCUGGUGGCGGAAGACAAGGAGGCGGCGGCGGCGGCGGCCAAGGACAAGAAGGGGGAGGAGAUGGAGUCGGAGCAGAAGCCGGCGGCUGUGGAGCGGCAGACCAUCAUCGACAUGCGGGGGCCCCAGGCCCGCCUGGUCACCAACCUGGAGCACCUGAAUGUGGAGGAGGACCGCGGGGACGGCGGCUCGGUGCCCAUGCCGGAGCUGCAGCACAACAUGCGGCUUCUGGUCGACCUGGCCGAGAACGACAUACAGCGCCUGGAUGCCAAGAUGAGGCACGAGAAGGACACGGCCGUGAUCCUGGGCAAGGAGCAGGAGAGGCUGGAGGAGGAGGCCCGCCUGGCGGCGGCGGCUGCCGAGCGGCUGGAGGCUGUCCUGGCGGCGGUGGCGCGGGCAGCCAACGAGCCCCUCAGCCUGGCUGAGCUGGAGGGGGUGUACCACGAGGUACGGGGGCAGUACCGCGAGGAGUAUGUGAUGUACAACCUGGCGGCGGCGGCGCUGGCGCAGGCGCUGCCGCGCCUGGCGCAGCUGAUGCAGCAGUGGUCGCCGCUGGGCGACCCGGGCCUGCCUGUCGCCGAAUUUGCGGGCUGGCGGCCGCUGCUGGAAAGCGAGGGUGCGGCGCAGGGGUCGGUGCUGGGCGGUGGCGGCGACCUGGCGGGCGGCGGCGACGCCUACAUGCGCCUGGUGGCUGAGCUGGUGCUGCCGCCGCUCCGGAAAGAGCUGGCAAAUGACUGGGACCCCAGGCAAGGCGUGGGAGUGUGGCAUGUGUCGAGUUUGGUGGUGUGGGACGCGGCGCGGCUGGAGCGGUUUGUGGAGGCGUGGGAAGCGGUACUGCCCGGGGCGGCGCUGCAGUACAUCAUGGAGUCGCUGGUACUGCCUCGCCUGCGCCUGGCGGUACAGGCCUGGGACCCGCUGCGCGACACAGUGGCACUGCACACCUGGGUGCACCCUUGGCUGCCCUUCCUGGGAGCGCCCAUGGCGGAGCUCUGGCCAGUCAUCCGCUUCAAGUUUGCAAACGCGCUGCAAGCCUGGCACCCGUCCGACCAGAGCGCCCACGUGUUUGAGCCCAAGGACUGGGAGCAGCUGCUGGCGCGCAGCAUCGUGCCCAAGCUGGCCUUUGCGCUGCAGGAGCUGGUGAUCAACCCGCUGCACCAGGAGCUGGAGCCCUUCAACUGGGUGCUGGCCUGGCAGGACGUGAUGUCCGUCAACCAGGCAAGUCGGCUGCACACCCGCCUGGCAUGGCAAUGCCACAUGGCCUCCCUGUUCGAGCAGUACUUCUUCCCCAAGUGGCACGCCGUGCUGCACCACUGGCUGGCCAACAGCCCCAAUUACGACGAAGUGACGCGCUGGUACCUGGGCUGGAAGUCGCUGUUCCCGCAGGACCUGCUGGACCAUGAGCGCAUACGGGCGCAGCUGAGCGCCGCCCUCAACCUGAUGAAUUCGGCGGUGGAUGGCGGGCCGCCGCCGUCGUCGUGGACAGCGCCGCAGGUGGCAGCCGGCGGCGGCCCCGCCGCGCCGCCGCUGCCGCCCACGCUGCCCACGCCGCACUACGAUGCUUCAGACCUCACGCUGCGGCAGCUGGUGGAGCAGUAUGCGGAAGAGACAGGGGUGGCGUUCCUGCCCAAGCCGGGGCGCACACACGAAGGCCUGCAGAUGUAUGGCUUUGGCCUGGUCAGCUGCGUGGUGGACAACGCGCAGAGCCUGGUCAAGGCACAGCUGGGCGACCAGGGCUGGGCCACGGUCAGCCUGGAGCAGCUGCUGCAGGAGCACGAGCGGCGGCAGAAGGCCAAGGCCAAGCCCGCCAAGAAGUGA